AUGGCCAAAACAAACCCAGGCCCGACAGCCAAGACACUAGUCAUGCUAUAUAAAAGUUUGGUCCGCAGUAUAACGGACUACGGAUCAAUAGCAUACGCAAUUAAAACCAUAAUGUCAGCCACCCAGACCAACAAUGAGGCGGUGAGCGACGCACGGGAGACGAUAGCGAGCCUCAAAUCGAGCGGAACAGCAACCACCAUUGUAUGGAUCCCGAGCCAUACAGGGAUAGAGGGGAAUGAAAAGGCGGACAGACUGGCCGCAAUAGAGUGCACCAACCAAAAUGGAAACAAGCUCGCGAAUAAUCUUUCGGUUGAGGAAAUAAUAUCCCUUAGUAAAGCCAACUGGAGAGACAACUGUCUCUCCACUCUACGUGAGUGCCAGAAAAAAUGUAUCCAAGUAAGAAAAAGGCUAGGCGUCAUCAAAUGGCACCAACACAACAAUAGGAAAAUAGCAACAUGCCUGCAUAGACUGAGAAGCGGCCACCACUCCCUAAACUCGUUCAGGCACAGGAUCGAUCAAGAAGCCGACCCCGGUUGCCGAUACGGUUGCAAAGAAAUAGAAGACAGCCAACACGCUCUGCUUGUGUGCCCAAAACACGAAACCCACAGAUCAAAUCUACGCCUUUUCCUAUCGGGUAACCACUUCACGUUCGACCAGGACACGAUCCUCGGUCUGAACCUCGCAUUAGACCCCAGGACACAGUUCAAAAUCCGCAACCUACUCGCUAAGUUCCUGGUGCAAUCAGGAGUCAUCAGCUUAAUCUAG